UUUUAGUUUUUUGUUGGAAUGUUCGGCGUGUGCAAUCCUGUACGCUGGUGCACGAGAUCUCGACCCCGAGUUAUAACAAUGCUUUGUUAACGACAGACAGACAGCAGAAUGGAGAUGAAUUUAAAGCACAUAUUGGUUUUUGCAACAUUGAUAUUUCUGUCAAGUUCCCAAAUGGUCCAAGAUAAAAAAGAAAUAACCUUAAAAACAAGACUUGGAACUAUCAUCGGCUUUACAGAUUUCCGAAACGCCAGGAUAUUCUAUAACAUUCCUUAUGGGAAAGCGCCAACUGGAACUCGAAAGUUCGCAAAACCGGAACCGUUUGGGGGCUGGAAUGAAACCAGGAAUGGAUAUGACUUCUCUCCAUUGUGUCCACAAGUUAAUACCAGAUCCCUGGGUAUGUUCAGAAUGGACGUGAACUGUCUGAUACUAAAUAUAUACACCCCAGUUAAUGUAACAGACAAGCUCCCAGUGAUGGUGUGGAUCCACGGUGGUGGUUACACGGCAGGGGGCGCUAUAAGCUAUGACGGAAGCGCUUUAGCAAACGUUGGAAACGUGGUCGUGGUGACAAUAAACUACCGGCUUGGACUAGAAGGAUUUCUGUCUUUCGGUGAUAGGUUUUUGAAAGGAAACUAUGGAAUUUGGGAUCAAAUAUUGGCUCUUGAAUGGGUGAAGAAUAAUAUCGAGGACUAUGGAGGGAGCCCAGAAGAGGUGACGAUAUUUGGAGAAUCGGCAGGCGGGAUGAGUGUGUCAUUGUUAUCGUUAAUUCCAAGAAACAAGGGUCUGUUUAAGCGUGCAAUCAUGCAAAGUGGCGUUGCUAACUCUGUGUUCGCUUUUCAACACGAUGCUGCAGAUUCAAAAAGAGCAAUUGCAGGCCAGUUCGGCUGUCCAUAUAACCAAGUAAAUCCAAGAGCUUCGUUUGAAUGCAUGCAACAAGUCACUAUGUCCACAUUAGUUAAUGCUACUGGUAACAUUUUCUCCAAUGCGGAUUCGAUUCUACUUCCGGUUGGCCCAGUAGUUGAUGGGGAACUUUUUAAAAGGACUAUUCCAGAGAUGCUAGCUGACAAAGGCUCAGAAGAGCUAGAGUUUUUCCGUACAAUAGACAUAAUGGUCGGUACGGCAGAUAGCGACGGUUCUCUUCUACUGAGAAUGGGGAAAGCUGUUCAAUCAGCCUACGGAUUUAACAUUAUAACCGAUGGUAUCCCUUACCAUGUUUUCUGUAAUGUUUUCAUACAAGGAAUAGUUACCGAAGCGUACAAAGGAAAUGAUAAAGUGUCAGAGGCUAUGUGCAGACGGUAUGGCAGAGCAGACGACCAGGGUGAGACCAGUCGUCAGGCCGUCAACAUGUACACAGACAUGUUCUUUCUCUCUCCCGCCGUGGAGAUUCUGCUUGUCCAUGCUUCUGACAAUAAGAUUGCCAAGUCCUACCAAUUUGUGUUUUCCGAGUGGAGUUUACCUUUUAUCUUUGACGCCGAGGAAUUUCCACCAUGGUACCAAGGCGCAGGACAUGCAACGGAUCUUAUUUAUCUGUUCUUUUUGGAAUUCAUGCCUUUAAUUAAACCAAACAUUACUAUUGAUGCGUCUGACCAUAAGCUUGCCAAGAGAAUGCGUGUUCAGUGGACAAACUUUGCUAAAUAUGGAAACCCAAAUGCUCCGGGUGAUGCAAAAGAGGAGUGGCCGCAAUAUGAUGCAAACGGAAGGCAGUUUUUACAGUUGAAUAAACUGAAUAUGACAGUUGGAAUGGACUAUAGAGGAAAUGAUGUCAAGUUUUUUCUCAAAACGAUUCCUUCUAUUCUAGAAACAGCCAACUCUGGUGCUUAUAAAUUUAGUGGUAUUUUGGCGAUUGUGAUUCCGAUCGCAUUCUUCAUUCAUGGUCUUAAUAAUGAUCUGUUUUAGAUAGGCAAAUCCGGCAUCUGAAUUGAAAAUUUAUUGUCUAAGAUUUUGAUGUACUUUUCAUAUUGCUGAAAGUUACCAUAAAACAAAGAUAUAACAUCAAAUACUUAAAUAAUGCAUCACUGUGUCUAUAAAAAGUCUCCUAAUCAUUAAUUAAUUGAUUAAACUCGUCCGAACUCACCGUGUUAAUUAUGCAUCGGAAGUUUUUCCGACGUCUACCGAAGCUGAGUUUUACA